AUGAUCCUUUUGAAGAAAAUCAGAGUUAAGGCUCUCCUGUUCAGAAUUGGUGUAAGUGCUGAUGCUAGUUGUCCUCUCUGUCAGAAUGCAGAUGAAUGGGUUGAGCAUCUGUACUUUGAGUGUGAGUAUGCUAGGAUGUGUAAGAAUUUACUAGCUCAUAGGCUGAAGGUGCGGUUGGAUCCUAGCUCUUUAGAGGAGUGUAAUGAUGCUCUGAAUCUGAUUACUGGCAGAUUCAAAAGGCAGGUUUUUCAAUCUUUAUAUGCAGGCUUAUUGUAUGUUAUAUGGAAGGAAAGGAAUAGGGCUGUGUGGGACAAGUGUAUCAGAUGUCCUGAGAAGGUGAUUGAAGAGCUUUUGACAGAUAUUAGGCAAAGAAUUGAGUUUGUCCUACCUGCAAAAAUUAGUAGAAGCAAUGUAGAAUGGUUUAGGAAGAUGAUGUAUAGCUAG